GCCGCCUUCCUUAUACAAUUCCCCGCACCCUCCUGCCCCGUUCCCUCCUCCCCUGCCCUCGCCGUGCAUCCUAUAAAACCCCGGCGACCCUGGGUACUCGCAAGUCCCUACCUCACCCAGCAUCUCGAAUUCUCAAGAGUUUGCAGCAGCGGAAGGAAUUCAAAUCUCUUUCUUUCUAUAUUCUAUUCGGCGGCAAUUGACAAUUGGAUCCUCCAAUCAGAAUUAAGAAAAUGCCUUCCGAGAAUUUGGCCGGCGCCGGCUGGAGGCAGAAGCAGAAGCAGAAGCGCCGCCGCCAGCAGCAGCAGCAGCAGCACCAGCACCAGCAGCAGCAGCCUGGCCUGCAGAUCCGGGAGGUUUGGGCGGACAACGUGGAUCGCGAGUUCAAGCUCAUCCGCGCCGCCAUCGAGCACUUCCCCUACGUGUCCAUGGACACCGAGUUCCCGGGCGUCAUCCACCGCCCCGCCAAGCACCCUGCCGCCAUGACCCCCACCGAGCGCUACGCCCUCAUCAAGGCCAACGUCGACGCGCUCCACCUCAUCCAGGUCGGCCUCACCUUCGCCGCCUCCCCCUCCGCGCCGCCCGCGGUCGCCUUCCAGGUCAACCUCCGCGAGUUCGACCCGCGCCUCCACCGCCACGCCCCGGACUCGAUCGCCCUCCUCGCCGCCAGCGGCCUCGACUUCGCCGCGCACCGCGCUAGGGGCGUCAGCGCGCGCGCCUUCGCCGCGCUGCUCAUGUCCUCGGGACUCGUCUGCAACCCGGAGGUGGCGUGGGUCACCUUCCACUCCGCCUACGACUUCGCCUACCUCGUCCGGAUCCUCAUGGGCCGCAAGCUGCCGAGGUCGCUGCCCGAGUUCCUCAAGUACGUGCGCGUCUACUUCGGGCCCGAGGUCUACGACGUCAAGCACAUGAUGCGCUCCUGCGGCCUCUUCGGCGGGCUCGAGCGCGCCGCCGCCGCGCUCCAGGUGCAGCGCGCGGCGGGGCGGUGCCACCAGGCCGCCUCCGACAGCGUGCUCACCUGGGACACGUUCAGGCAGAUGAAGAGACUCUACUUCGCAAAGGAAGGCAGCCUCCAGCUCUGCGCCGGCGUGCUCUUCGGACUAGAGCUCCAAGAGGACGCCUGCAACCUCAGAUGAUCGAUCACACAUUCUUGUUGUACAGAGCAGCUCAUCAAUUGCUCCUCUCCCGAAAUGGAUUCGAUCGGGACAAUAAUUAAAUUAAUACGAACAGAUAGAAAAAAGAAUGGUUCUUUGAUUGGUUAUAAAAAUUUGGUUGCGUCUCCGAUCCGAUUUA